ACAAGGAACGAGCGAUCGCUUUCGUGUGUUUCGUGCAUGGUAUCGUGGUUCUCGCGUAUCGCUCAGCGUACCCUUUGCGUGGUUUUCUGUGCACUAAAUACACUUAACAAUGUAGUUAAUCUUAUCUAUAGCAUUAGUGCGCAAGUGCCUGCGAAAUGUCUCGUAAAAAGCCCCCAGAUAUAAGUGAUACCUGCAGUAUCGGGAAUUCAAGUUUCUUGGCCCGUGCAAGUAGCUAUGCCCCACUUGCUGGACUACUGGUUGUAGUUCUCCUCUUAUUUGGCCACGUCGUCCUGUACUUCAGUAAAGAAAAUGGUCUUCGAGCUCACAAGGUCUACUCAUUCAUCGAAGAGCUGGUGAUUUCGAUUGCACUUGCAGAUAAAUUUUGGAAGGCCACUUUAUGCGGCAUUGGGGUGCUUGUGAUGACAUUUAUGAUGGUUUUCUACAAUAGUAACAUACCCGGUGUAGACCCUCCACUGCCAUGGGACUGCUCUGAUGGUCCUGUUGUCAUCACUGUGUCAUAUGCCAUGAGUCCAUUGAUGGGCCUGCUGACAUUUAUGUACUGCCUUAUGCCAAACCUUUUUCACGUCGACAAUUUAAUCAUAAAUCUUCUCCACAGUGUUUUGUAUAUAAAAUAGUACAAAUUUUCUGGCACCAAUGUACUUGUGCACUGAAAUCAUGUUUCAAAAACAUAUACAUUAUAGCAGUCCUCACAAGACUUGGUAGUCUGUUUUUUAACACUCUAAUUUUGUAUGUUUGGAGAUCUUCAAAUGCCAUCAAUAAAGAAAGUCAGUUGCUAUAA